ACUCUCGAGCAUCAUCGCCCAAGCUGCAUGGGAAGUCGCUACUACGGUCACAGUUCUUGGGGGUUCAGCUCUCGAUCUCCCAGGCAAAGACGGUUGAAACACGACUGAACAAUUCAUUGCCCGCCUCCACUGUCUGAUCUUCCCUUAUCGCCUCGCCUUGGUCUCGACCGCCCACUCAAACGCCGCUAGUUCUCCACCCCCAUCCCGUCACUUGAAGGCCCGUCACAGCUUCACAACGGGGAGGGGUCUGCUUGUACGGAUGGAACCACGUCUAUAGACGUCCGUCCGCGUCGUCACCAGAGUGAGCCGAGGGCCUCUCAACCUCCCUUCAGGCCAAUCUAUUUGCUACCAAUACACACCACGAAUCUUGAAGCUCGAAGCUUCAAAGUCCGCAGACACCAGACCCACGGCAUCUACCCACCGCCAGAUUCACAACUGGACCACCAGCAGCGGCAGAGACGCAGAAGCAUGCCCGCCCAAUUCCUAGAGAGACACCAUGUGCCGACCACCAUCACACCUUCGAUCAUGCCUCAACACGAAAAGCCUCAGAGGCUGGUCAAGCGAUACCGUACAGAAAUUGCCGCCAGCACGUCCAGUGUAUUCUCCACCGUCGUCGCCUUUCCUCUCGACAGCGUGAAGACGCGUAUGCAAACCUACCGAUAUGAUGGCUUCCUCGACUGCGUCCGCCACACGUACCAGACCGAACAGCUACGGGGCUUCUUCAGAGGUGUACUGGCCCCGACCGCCAGCGUGACCCUUGUCCGAACCGUCUCCUUCUCUAUAUACCAGCGCGCCAAAUACGGAUACUCGGGCUGGAUCAAGAAGAACAUGGGCGUUGACGUCCUCGACCACGUCAACAGGAAAGGCACAUAUCCCAACUUUUACUCAGUCGCCUGCUUCGGCGCGGCUGGCGCCACGGCCGGCUCCUGUAUUACAGUCGUCGCUUGUCCGUUUGAGCUCACCAAGCUGAGCGCCCAGGUUUCCGUGUUGCUCUCAGAUCAGAAGAAACUCGCAGAGGCGAACUGCCGCGUGAGCAACGGCCACGCCGUUGCCGCGAGCUACCAGAACAAGGGGACGUUUAAGACGAUGCGUAACAUUAUCCGCCACCGGGGCAUUUUUGGUCUCUAUACUGGUUUUAACCUGCAUCUACUGCGGGACACGCUCGGCACCGCUAUUUACUUCAUGGUGUACGAGAGCGGCAAACAGCUCGGCACAACAUACGGCGGCGACAGCCCCACGACGAACAAAUUGGCGGUCGUUGCGUCAGGUGGACUCUGCGGCAUUGUAUCAUGGGCCAUGAUCUACCCCAUUGACUCUGCUAAGAGCAUCUAUCAGCGCAACUCACUAUUAUACUCGCGAGGCCAGCAGGUCGAGCCGCCCCCAAAGAUCACGUUCUUCCGGAAGCACAUGUAUCGCGGCCUCGGCGUGUCCAUGGGACGCUCCUGCGUCGUCAACGCCAUCUUCUUCUCUGCCUUUGAGUUUACGAAGAAGCACGUCAACUCGCUGGAUGACGAUUAAGGGGGCAAGCUCUUCCCGAACAAGGAAGUUGCUGCACCACCCCACUGAUGAACACCAGAACCACUGGAAACAAAUUUGUAUGGGCAUAACUGAAAGUUUGCAUGGCAUGACAAGGGGCGGCGUUACGGAACUGAUCUUUUUUUUUUCUUUCUCUCUUCCCUCUACGGAGGCAAGUAUGCCACGCGCAUGCCGGACAACGGGGACACGGACAUGGACACGGAUUAGGAACAUGGGGCACAAGGGCGGGUGGAACAGGCCAGAUAGGAAAGACCCAAAGAUAUCGUUCGUCAAGCU